AUGCCCAAAGUCGUUUCAAGGUCAGCCGUGUCGUCGUCGACAGAUGCCUACCGCCUCCUCCGCGACAAACCUCCGUGUCUACUGUUCAUUGCAUUUGCGGCGAAUUCAUCGUACGUCAGUGCUGCCCUGGAUCGUCAGCGACACCCGAAACUCACGGCCGCACUAAAGCUUGUCAUCGAGAAGAGUCUCGCUUCUUUACCCAGACGCAAAACCGACAAUGCAAUUAUCAUUCAGUCACAAGAUAACGAUGUAGGUAAAGCCAAAGUAUUCAAGCUAAAUGCGAAUCCAAGCGACCCGAUCCUACUCGAAAGAAACGGCAGUCACGAACGACAGUAUCGGUUCAUCUGCCCGCGAUGCUCGCUUCCAAUUGGAUACCAGACGGCACCUCCACCAGUCAAAUCUGUACCAUACUUGUACAUUCUUCCAGGCGCACUCUCACAAGCACAGGGCCAAGUCCCUCCGGACGCGUUCGACGGCGAAAAUGAACUAUGA